GCCCUUCCCAGCAGGGGAGGCGGGAAAAAAGCGAAAGCCUCGCCCACAGCCCUGCCCCCAGCCCCGCCGCUCCCAGGCUCCUCUGGACUCCGCGCAUCCUCCUGGGAUUGUCUCGGAGGGGACCGCGCCGUGCAGACGCCAUGGAGGUGGUGUUGCUCUACCUGUGCGGCCUGCUGGCCCCGGCGGUCCUGGCCAAUGCAGCUGAGCAGGAGAAAGAAAAGGACCCUUUUCAUUAUGACUACCAGACCCUGAGGAUCGGGGGAUUGGUGUUUGCUGUGGUCCUCUUCUCGGUGGGGAUCCUGCUUAUCCUAAGUCGUAGAUGCAAGUGCGGUUUUAACCAGAAGCCGCGGGCUCCAGGGGACGAGGAGGCCCAGGUGGAGAACCUCGUCACUGCAAAUGCAACGGAGCCCCAGAAAGCAGAGAACUGAAGUGCAGCCCUCAGGCACAAAGGUUCCAUCCCCCUGAGAGAGCCCUUCUCCUGAGCUCCACGCCCUCCUCCACCUUCAUCUCCUGGCCCUGCUUCUCAGGCUCGUCCUCCUUGAUUUGCUGAGAACAAGGCACUCAGAAACCUGAAGGCAGCUGCUUGAACCUUUAGAUGCAAAUUCUGAUGCUUAAGAAAACCGGGCACUUCAGCAACAGAUCUUUCCCCAGGAGAAGCCAAGAACUUGUGUGUCCCCCACCCUCUCCCCAACCCCUCGACACCUGUCCUCAACUUGAUGAUGCAACCCCGGCCUCCCUGCAGCCUGUGGUCUCGUCCCCGUCCUGUGACGUGUGUCUGUGUGUGUGUGUCUGUCUGAUGAUGUGGUCUUUGUGGCUGCUUGUUCGUGGAUGACAUUGUAUCUUAGUGAACCUUGCCCCACUUUCCCGGGCAGGAGCUGAGCCAUGUGGCUGUCAGCUCGUCUCUGCUCUCCAUGGCCCCAUCACCUUCCACUCCCGGGAGUCUGCUUUGUCCCUAAGAGGCCAGUUCCUUCUCUUGAUUUACGGGUGGAUGGAGGGGUUGGGCACGGGCGGAGUCUCUGAUUGGCUUGGGACUUGGGAAGGUUUACAUCACCUUCGUGAUCCUUCUACAUGGCCCAUCUUCACUCCUUUUAUAAGAACCUUGCUUCCAUAUUUGUCCCUGGACCAAGUCUGUUCUGAGGUCUCUCGGCAGUGGGAGGUUCCCAGCAAGGAGCUGAUGAGCCCGCUUUGCCCUUGGGCAGCUACACCCCUUCCCUGGUGCCCAUCUGCCCCACCUUACUCCGCCCCUGGGGAACGUACCCCUUGCAUAUCUUCUCAGCAAUAACCCCGUGGGCUCUGGAACCCCACCCCCUUCUCCAGCCUUUCCUGCUCCCGAGAUGCCCAUCUAUAGCCCAGCUCGUCUGGACUCAGACUCCUGUCCCUGGACUGAGGCUCUGUCAGGUGAUGGCUGAAGAGGUGCGUUCAGCUGGGGCCGGUGCUCUGGGGAGGGGCAGCUGGGAGAGCAGGGGUCCUUUGCUUCUCUGUCCACAUCCCACUGGCCAGGCAGCAGCAGGGGCUCCUGCACCCUCUGCUCGCCUGUCACCGGCCAGAACGGCAAGUGCAGCGGCUGUGCUGCGGGUUAGGGACCCGGCAGGGCUCCGCACAGCCCUGCUGCAGGGGGAACAGCAGGAGGUCGAAGCUGGUGAAGAGAGUGGAAAAUCAGACCCCGCCCCUCCCGCUCAUCGUGUUCUCGUGGAAACUAACCAAACCGUGCCGCUGUGACCAGGACUGCUGUUCUCUGUGUCGUGAUCUCUCCUCAACAACGACGAAAAGGAAUAAAAUACCACUUGUUUCCUA